UAGUUUAUUUUGCUCACUGCUGCACUGUAUCCGAAAUGUGGAGACUACUAUAUUUACAGGCACCGAUAUUGUGGAUAUCACUAUGCACGCUGGACAGCAUUACCGCGGCUCAAGAAUACCUACCACCCAAAGCUGGCGCAAAAAAACCUGUACCAGAACCUAAUUUACCAGCAAACUACGACUUCUCUUACAAUGUAGAGGACAACGCAGUGAGCUUGGACUUCGGGCACAAUGAAAAAAGAAAAGAUGAUCGCGUGCAAGGCUCGUACCACGUGCUUCUACCCGAUGGACGUAUGCAGCUUGUUGAAUACGAAGCUGGCCCUGAUGGAUACAAGCCCCAGGUGAUGUACAUGGGUACAGCAACAUAUCCAGCGGCCAAUGACAAAUUUGACGGGUACCACUACAACGCAGCAUCGAACCGCCAAAGCGUGCGACAGGCAGCCCCCCGGGGCACCCUGCGGCAGACCCCGACGCCACCACCGCCUUCCAUACCGCCAUCGAUUCCACACCACAUCGUCAGUGGCAAUAAUACCACGCAGUUUAAACCUAGCGAGCCUACUCUAAAGAGGUCUGACAUAAGUAGUAAUUGAUCGCAGUGAUAUAGCAAUUUUAUAACUAAAGUCUACGCUCCUGACCGCUCCUACGCUCAGACUUUAGUUAUAAAAUAUUUUAGUAUAAGAUAGAUUCGUCGUCUUUGUAUUAAACGUUUUGUCUUCAUUACGUGAAGUAUUGAUAUUCAUUAUUUACUGAGCAAAUAAUUCAUAAGGAACCUUAGAAAACUAACUGUAUUAAUAAAGUCGAA